CAGCGUCGAUUCUUCUGUCCUUGCAUGUUUUCCUCAGAGGGAGGAGUAAAGACCCCAGGAAAGGAAGAAAUGAAAAGGAUGAAGGAGAACGAAGUUAUGAGUUACCAGAUCGACCCAAGGACUCAACAACAAAAGACUACUGAAUAUAACUUGAUUUCCCUGACGAGGAAAAUAUGCAUGGAGGAAGACAUACAGGAGGAGUCCCUUGCAGAGUUCAAAGAAAGGCGUCUUGGAGGAUGGGGCUUGUUGCAGCUGACUGCAGGGACAGGACUGGCUGUCUAUGCCAUGUGGGCAGGAAUUUUAAUGCCAGGGUUUCGCAGAGUCCCUCUGAAACUACAGGUGCCUUAUAUCCCAGCUAGUAAAAGACAAGUGCAAAAUGUAAUGACUCUGCUGAAGAGCCGGUCUGGAGGUCUAGCUGACCUGGGCUCAGGUGACGGUAGAAUUGUUCUAGAGGCAAGUCAGCUGGGCUUUUCCCCUGCUGUGGGUUAUGAGCUGAACCCUUGGCUCCUCUGGCUUGCACGCUUUCAUGCUUGGAAAACGAGGAAUUAUGGCAGAGUCUCUUACCGGCGGGAGGACCUGUGGAAGGUUGACCUCUCUGGCUAUAAGAAUAUCACAGUGUUCUUGGCCCCAAGUGUGCUCCCACUUUUACAGGAGAAGUUACUAGUUGAGCUCCCGGAAGAUGCUUUGAUUGUUGCUGGACGCUUUCCAUUCCCUGAUUGGACACCAUGCAGUAUAGUGGGUGAGGGUGUGGAGAGAGCUUGGGCAUAUCAAAUACAAGCGCUCAGAGGACACAACCAAUCAAAAGGCAUCAAGAUGACUGUGGAAAGCAGCUGAUACGGAAGUCAUGCAAUUUAUUUCAAAAACAUUUUAAAGAACAAGAAUUUUAGGUCAGUUUAUUGAUUUUUUGAUGUUUAUUGUAAUGUUUAAAAAAAUCCUAUGAUUGCGCAUGAUGUGCAGUAUAGAGAUGUAACUUUUGGUUUCAUUUUUGUGCAAACACACACAUGGUUUACCUCGGGUUUUUUCUUCAUGAAGUUCCACUUAGCAGUAAAUCAUGUGCAUGUGUAAUUUUAAACAUUUAAAGAAUAGUUUUUAUUUUAAACAUUUAAAGACUAUAUAUCUCGCACACACACACACACACACACACACACACACACACACUAUUCUUUACUGAGAGUGCUUCUUGUAUGUGAUUUGUAGAUCACAGAAUAAGCCCCAAAUCAGCAUUUUUCAAAUGCACUCAGUGAAGGUGCAUUUUGAUUCCUUGUCUACUUCCUGCUUUUAUCGGACCUAGUUAAUUUUUCACAUACUCAAACACCUUACAUAAAAGUAUAUAAAUCUUAAUUAGAACAAAUCUUUUAUCUCUCUCUCUCUCUCUCUCUCUCUCUCUAUAUAUAUAUAUAUACACAUACAUACAUACAUACAUACACACACGUUAGAUAUGGGUGAUUUAUCUGUAUGUAAGCAAGAAGGGAAACUGAAAAGACUAGUUAUGUGCUUAAUGUUCACUGUGAUGCAAAGUGGAUCAUCAGCACCAGCUCUAUUCUAGUGCUUAUUUAUUUAAUAAAUAAGAAUUCAGAAUGAUUAAAUUGUCCA